GUGGACACGAUGUAGACGCGUGGUUCUCUCUUGUGUCUCUUUUCCUUACAAUUCACCACACUUUCAUUUAGCAAUUAACCUGAUUUACUAACUCCAUUACCAUAACCCGAAAACAUAUCUUCCACCUUACUAAUGGCUUCUACACAUGUUCAGCCCUCUCGAUUCCAGUGGAAACAGUCCAAGCUCGGAACCUGGGAACGAGAAGCUGAUGAGUGUGAGACAUUCUAUAUACAAUUGAAGAGGAAUGGCAAUGCCUAUUAUCCAAUCAUCGGCUGCGCAUCUUUCGUGACUAAGUCCCCUGACACAAGAACGACCGACGAAGCGGACAGAAAAGAAAAUGGAGUAAGGCGUAUGGUCUAUGAUGCUCUACUGAAAGCAUGGGAGGUACUCUGCUAUGAACAUCCAACCUUGCGUUCUCGUAUCGAACAUGAUAAGGCAAGUGGGAUAUGCAGAAGGGUGUACUCAACAUUUCAAGACGUGGACGAACAAAAGGUUUGGUUGAAUGCAACAUUCAAGGCUAUAUACACGGACGAGGACCCUCUCCAAUGGUUCAAUAGUCAAGAACACUCUUUUGACGGCUCAAGACUCCUCGUCGUUACACCUGAAAACAACAAUGAUUUUCACCCAACAAUCUUCUUACAAUGUCCACAUGACAUUACGGAUGGUGUUGGUAUUCUCCAACUAGUCGACCAGCUAUUCCAACACGCAGCUCGUGCUUAUGAACAAGGCGAUCAGUAUACCUUACCGGCAUGGGGUGACGAACAUGAAAGGCUUUCUCCAGGCCUACGGCUUGCUGCAACGCUUCCGGAAACCCCAUCUGAAGCCCAAGUGAAGCGCUUCGCCGAGAUUCAAACUCAGAACGGGUCGAUUUAUACGCAUCCCGGCCUCCUUAGCCUUCCGCCAAGUUCCUCUACUGCCGCUUCGAGUGGCAAGAGACAUCGCCUAUCAAUUUUUGUCCCCCAAGCUAUCACGAGUCAAAUCAUUCGUAAGUGCAAGGAAAUUGCCCCUGGAGUCAGCGUGACGCACGUUUUUAUGUCGGCUCUGGCAAUGGCCUUGUCUGAAAUACAGCCCCGGAAGGAGGAGUCGUAUGCGGUUCGCUAUGUCAACCACAGUAUGAUUAACUUACGCCCUUACUGCCAAACCCCUUACAGUACCCCUGCGCAUGCGGCCGCUCCCUACCACACCGUCUCUGCACAGGCACUAGGCAUAGACUUGAUCGUCCCAGGUCCCUCAAAUGACGCCAAGGACGAGGGACGGGUAAACGAACUGCGAAAAUUAGCAAUCCAGGUGCGAGACUUUUAUAAAGCAGUUCGCCCAGCGUCCAUGCAAGAUGAACAGGUGGUCCUGUCUCCUUUGAUGUUCGCGAGUCUCACAACACCGCCUGGCUCGGACCCUCAUGCCGUAUCCGACCCCCCAUUUUGCCCAGCUGUGAUUUCCUCGAUUGGAAACAUAGGCUCAAUAGUGUCGGCAACCCACGGAGCUUUUGAGCUUACAAACGUCUGGGCUGCCAGCGAACCUAUUGGGGCUGGAGUGGCUAUGUUUCUCGACACCUGGAAUGGGAAGAUUGAACUUUCCGGGGUAUUUGACACGAGAUAUCAUGAUGCGGAAUAUAUUAAGAAGUUUUUGGGACGUAUCUUGGACUGCGUUUCCAGGGGUUUGGAUGUUGAUGAGUAGGUGGUAUACUCCCCCUAUUCACGCCAUUGCUGUCGACUAAAAGGGGCAAGAAGCUUAAUCAAGGGCAGUACGAGUAUCAUGAUUGCGAUGGUAACAAGUAACAUACUCGGUUGGCAUUGGUUUCGCGUAGUGUUUACAGCUAAAAAAGAUGC